GCCGGCAGCCAGCGGGGCCUCUCUAGCCGGCUGGAGGCCUCGACUCACGGCCGAGCGCGCCUCGGCGCGGGGUGGCGCGGGGCCCGCGCGCUGCGGGUUUUACACCGGCCGGGGGACGAGGGCUAAGUUGAAAGAAGAACAAAGAACUCUAUAAAAAGUCUUUAGAAACGUUUCUAAGUGCUUGUCAUUGUGUAUAAGCAGCUAAACAGAAACUGACGCAACAAAAACUCAUUGAAUAACUGAAGCAGAUUUGAGUGUAUCGUCACAUUGUUUAGAAGUUGAAGCACCUUCCUUUGAAUUGAAGGAUUGGGUGCUGAGAAGAAGAAGAUGACCUUUCAAUUUAAUUUCCCAAUAGAAGGCCAGUUUACCACCCUUGGGGACGGAGUUUUGACCCUGGAUGCCUCAAAAGAAUCAUCAGCCGCAGAAAGUGGAAAAGGAACACAGAGGGACAGAAAAUGUCCCACAGCAGCAUUUGUGGUGCCUUCGAAUCAUUUGUUGAAAACUACAUCACUGGGAAAUUCAGACCCCUCCCAAGACUCUGAUAGCACACUCAGUGCAACAAAGGGACCAGGGGAUUUGGAGCCAGGUGAAAAUCAGCCCUGCUUGAGAGUUGCCAAAGAGCAUGCGAUGCCUGAAGACGUAAAGAAGGUGUUAGAAAAUAAGGUCAGAGAAAUGUUACCAGGUCUCCAGCAGGUUAGACUGUCAGUGGUGAAAAACAGCUUGUUGAAAGGGAACUUCCCUGGAGAAAGCCUUUCCUCUCACUCUGAUUUGAUUCCAGGUGUUUAUGAAGGAGGCUUAAAAAUCUGGGAAUGUACUUUUGAUCUUCUGGCUCAUUUCACAAAGGCCAAAGUGAACUUUGCUGGGAAGAAAGUGUUGGAUCUUGGCUGUGGAUCAGGGUUGCUGGGUAUAUUUGCAUUCAAAGUAGGGGCCAGAGAAGUUCAUUUUCAAGAUUAUAACAGUUUGGUGAUGGAUGAAGUGACCUUACCUAAUUUCCUGGGUAACUCGACGUUGGAAGAUGAAGAAAACGAUGUAAAGGAACAGGUUGUGAAAAGAUGCAGAAAAUCAAGAGUAGCACAGGAAUUAGCCAAAUGUCGUUUUUUUUCUGGAGAAUGGUCUGAGUUUUGCAAGCUUGUACUAAGCAGUGAAGAACUCUUUGUAAAAUAUGACUUCAUUCUCACCUCUGAAACUAUUUACAACCCAGAUUAUUAUAGUGCUUUGCACCAGACAUUCCUCCAACUGUUGGGGAAACAUGGAAGGGUGCUUUUGGCCAGCAAAGCACAUUAUUUCGGUGUUGGUGGAGGUGUUCAUCUUUUUCAGAAGUUUGUAGAAGAAAGGGAUGUAUUUGAGACUAGAAUCCUUGAAGUAAUUGAUGAAGGACUAAAGAGGUACCUAAUUGAAAUGACAUUUAAGUAUCCAAGUUAAUAUUUGCCAAGAGACCUAAGUGAAAUAAAGCCAGUGACCCAAAACUUA